CUAGGAGUGCCAUAUGAUGAAUCACUUAAGAGAUUCCAGAAGGAAAGGAAGUAUACUGACCUGUGGUGUAUCUGAUGCUUCAAUGAACUGUUGCCAUAAUCCGGUCUAAAAGCUGGAUUUAUUAUUUACAUCUCAGAAGUCAAAAGGGGCAGAUUUUCUUUGCUUUUAAAUUUGGUGUUCUCACAUUUUUGCAGUUUCACUCUCAAUUUAUGGACCCCAGAACAUGAUGGAAAAUUCCUCAUAUGUUACCAGUUUUAUACUUCUUUCCUUUAAAGACAUGGGGAACGCUAAACAUUUAUAUUUUGUGGCUGCACUAAUUGCAUACCUUGUAAUUCUGUCUUUUAAUCUCUCUUUAAUUCUGAUAAUAAUUUUUGAAAAAAGCCUCCAUGAGCCUAUGUACAUUUUUCUAUGCAAUUUGUUGAUUAGUGCACUCAUUGGCGCCACAACUUUUUAUAUAAAAUUAUUGUUUGACCUUCAAACAGAUAUUCCAGUAGUUUCUCGCUCAGUUUGUUUUACUCAAAUUUUUUUCCUUUAUGUUUAUUUUGGCAUUGAAAUGACCAUUUUAACAGUUAUGGCAUAUGAUAGAUUCAUAGCGAUAAAUGUCCCACUAUUAUACUGUACCAUCAUUUCCAGUACAAAAACAGCCAAGUUAGUCUUUCUUGCCUGGUUAUGUCCAAUCUGUUGUGUGAGUAUUUUGAUAUCCCUGUCUAGCAGUCUACAAUUGUGUGGAAAUACGAUUAACACAGUGUACUGUAAUAACUGGGAAAUUGUAAAGUUGUCCUGUACAGACACCAGCGCUAAUAAUAUUUAUGGAUCACUGGCUUUUAGUAUGUUUUUAUUACCUACUGUCUUCAUUUUUUAUUCAUAUAUAAAAAUCCUCGUUUUGUGCUGGAAUAGGUCCCGAUCUUACAAAUCUAAAGCAUUCCAAACUUGUCUUCCACAUUUAAUUACAUUCAUUCUUUUUUUCUGUUCUACAAUAUUUGAAUCAACAGAGAGCCGGACGCAUUUAAAGAGAACAUCAGACUUGGUCAGUACCAUUGCUUCUUUGGAGUUUGUCAUAGUACCACCUCUUUUAAACCCUUUAAUAUAUGGAAUUAUUUUACCUGAAAUACGCAGAAGAGUUAUUCGCAUUUUUUCAGUUAAAAAACGAACAUUACCAGACAGAUAAACUAUGCUACUGUCCCAUGACUAAAACAAUGAGUUGUUUAUUCUGUAUUCCAAAUAUAGACAACAUAUCAGAAGCUGCUCCUGC